UGUGGUUCUCCAUAGUGCUAUUACAUGUGUGAGUGAAUGCGUUUUGUCUGACAUCGCCGCGAUUGAAAAAGUGAAAAACUAGAAUGAUGCACUCAACGAUAUGUUAGGCAACGGGAUGGUGGAUGAUGGUGGUGCUAUGUUGUAAAUAUUCUUAUGUUUAUUUAUUGAGUAAAAUGUAUGUGUAAGCGGCAAAUGCUUGAGAUGAUAGUGAUGAAUAAACACAUAUGAUUCUGAAUAAAAUAAAAAAUAUGCCUGUUAACGCGUGACUUAUUGAUUUGAGAGAGCGAGUGUUUUGUGUAUGGUGCGUAUGUGACUUUGUAACCAAACAUAAGAGACAUUCUAUAUAAAAUAGGAGAAAUUUUAUAUCGAAUAAGCUUGAAGACGAAAGCAGCUACAACUAGAACAUCAAAACCGCCGUUCCCACAUCCUCUUCUCUCGACAAGAAUUAAAAAGAUACAGGGAGGAGAUACUGCGCAUCGUCUACGGCUAUCCAUCCUUACCUGAACCGCCUAAUUUGACCUACCGUUGUUCAAAUAAUUUUGAAAACGGGGUAAAAUGACGGUCAUGUUGACGGCAGAAGAGGCUGCCAAGCUUCUGGAUUUCAGCCAAAAGCUUGAUAUAGCUUUACUGGAUAACAUCGUAGGAUGUUUGUAUUCAUCGCAGGGCGAGCAACUGCGGCUCGCACAGGAGAUUUUGACCACUUUGAAGGAACAUCCAGAUGCAUGGACUCGCGUCGAUAGUAUUCUUGAAUAUUCCCAGAAUCAACAAACAAAGUACUACGCUCUGCAAAUCCUCGAGGAAGUAAUUAAAACACGAUGGAAGAUCCUGCCGCGAAACCAAUGCGAAGGGAUCAAGAAAUACGUCGUGGGGUUGAUUAUAAAGACAUCGUCGGAUCCAGUCACAAUGGAGGCGAAUAAAGUUUAUUUGAAUAAGCUUAACAUGAUAUUGGUACAAAUAUUAAAGCGUGAGUGGCCUAGAAAUUGGGAAUCGUUCAUUGGCGAUAUUGUUGGUGCGUCGAAAACGAAUGAAAGUUUGUGUCAGAAUAAUAUGGUGAUCUUGAAACUUCUAAGCGAGGAAGUGUUUGACUUCUGCUCAGGACAGAUUACCCAGACGAAAGCGAAACAUUUGAAGGACACAAUGUGUAUGGAGUUUUCACAGAUCUUUCAGUUGUGCUCGUUUGUCCUGGGGAGCUCAAUGAACGCUCCGCUAAUUGCAGUGACUUUGGAGACGUUAUUACGAUUUCUGAACUGGAUUCCACUCGGGUACAUAUUCGAGACAAAGUUGAUCGACACUUUGAUUUUCAAAUUCUUGGGGGUGCCCAUGUUCCGCAACGUCACAUUGAAAUGUUUGUCAGAAAUCGCUGGACUCAAUGUCUCCAACUACAACAACAAUUUCGUGCAAAUGUUCAAGGAUACCAUGGAGCAGCUGGAAAACAUGAUCAACCCGAAUACGAACAUGAAUAACGACUACAUGAACGGUGGCGAUGCUGACCAGAAAUUCAUCCAAAAUCUCGCCAUGUUCUUGUGUACGUUCCUGAAAGAACACGGAAAACUUGUUGAAGAAUCCAAACACGUUGAAUAUCUGAAUAAAGCUCUCAAUUAUUUGGUAAUGAUAUCGGAGGUGGAGGAUGUUGAAAUCUUCAAAAUUUGUCUAGAAUAUUGGAAUAGUUUGGUGGAUGACCUAUACAAUAGCGAUCCAUUUGGGGCGCAGACGUUCUCGAAACGUAAUGUAUUCUCGAGACGACGCUUUUAUGCUGACAUUUUAUCGAAAGUUCGUUACAUUAUGAUAUCGCGAAUGGCAAAACCCGAAGAAGUUUUGAUUGUUGAAAAUGAGAAUGGUGAAGUUGUUCGUGAAUUUAUGAAAGAUACAAAUGCUAUUAAUUUAUAUAAAAAUAUGCGCGAAACUUUGGUAUUUUUGACACACUUGGAUUAUGCCGAUACGGAGCGUAUUAUGACAGAGAAGCUGUUGCAGCAAGUGAACGGAUCGGAGUUUUCAUGGAAAAACCUCAAUACAUUGUGCUGGGCAAUUGGCUCUAUAUCAGGCGCCUUUUGCGAAGAAGAUGAAAAACGAUUUCUUGUCACCGUCAUUAAAGACCUUCUCGGUUUAUGUGAACAGAAAAAGGGUAAGGACAACAAAGCAAUUAUUGCAUCCAACAUCAUGUACGUCGUAGGACAAUAUCCGCGUUUCUUACGAGCUCAUUGGAAAUUCUUGAAAACCGUCGUGAAUAAGUUAUUUGAAUUUAUGCACGAGACCCACGACGGCGUUCAGGAUAUGGCUUGUGACACCUUUAUUAAAAUUGCAAUAAAGUGUCGUCGCCAUUUCGUUACGAUUCAACCGAAUGAAGUGUGUACUUUUAUCGACGAGAUCCUCAGCACGAUGAGCAGUAUAAUAUGUGAUUUGCAACCGCAACAGGUGCAUACUUUCUAUGAAGCUGUCGGUUACAUGAUCUCCGCGCAACUAGAUCAAGUGCAGCAAGAUGCGCUCAUUGAGAAGUACAUGUUCUUACCGAAUCAAGUGUGGGACGAAAUCAUAUCGCGGGCAUCGAAAAAUGUUGAUUUCCUGAAAAAUAUGGCAGCCGUCAAGCAAUUAGGCAGUAUACUUAAAACGAAUGUGAGUGCGUGUAAAGCUCUGGGACAUUCAUAUGUUAUCCAGUUGGGCCGAAUCUAUUUGGAUAUGCUGAAUGUCUACAAGAUUAUGUCAGAGAAUAUAAUUCAAGCGAUAGCCGUGAAUGGAAUGAAUGUUAAUAAUCAGCCAUUGAUUAAAGUCAUGCAUGUUGUGAAAAAGGAGGCGCUGACCUUGAUAUCCGAAUGGGUUUCGCGAUCGAAUGACAAUCAACUGGUCAUGGAUAACUUUAUACCGCCCUUAUUGGAUGCCGUUUUGUUGGAUUAUCAGCGCUGUAAAAUACCGUCGGCUCGGGAACCGCGUGUUUUAAGCACAAUGGCGACGAUAGUGAACAAAUUGCGAGGUCACAUCACAAACGAAAUCCCGAAAAUAUUCGAUGCUGUGUUCGAAUGCACACUGGACAUGAUCAAUAAGAAUUUCGAGGACUAUCCCCAGCAUAGGACCAGCUUCUACGAACUACUACAAGCCGUGAAUGCCAACUGCUUCAAAGCUUUCCUCAACAUACCACCAGCACAAUUCAAAUUAGUAUUCGAUUCAGUUGUAUGGGCAUUUAAGCAUACAAUGAGAAAUGUUGCCGAUAUGGGUCUGCAUAUUCUGUAUAAGAUGUUACAAAAUCUCGAGCAACAUCCACAGGCAGCACAGAGCUUCUACCAAACAUAUUUCACAGAUAUUCUAAUGCAAAUCUUCUCAGUGGUAACGGAUACAUCUCACUCGGCUGGUUUGGCGAUGCACAGUCUCAUUCUGGCUUAUAUGUUUUCGUUGGUUGAAAAUAAUAAAAUUACAGUGAGUUUGGGUACGAUACCCGACAAUACUCUAUACAUACAAGAAUAUGUUGCAUCUUUGCUGAAAUCUGCAUUUAGUCAUUUAACUGAUAAUCAGAUUAAAGUCUUUGUCACGGGCCUCUUUAAUUUGGAUCAGAAUGUGAUGGAAUUUAAGGAGCAUUUAAGAGAUUUCCUUAUACAAAUUCGGGAAGUAACCGGCGAAGAUGAUUCUGAUCUCUACUUAGAAGAACGUGAAGCCUCCCUGCGGGAAGAACAGGCCAACAAAAUGUUGAUGCGACGCAACGUCCCCGGCAUGUUGAAUCCGCACGAAUUGCCUGAAGACAUGCAAGACGAAUAAUAGUUACGGUGUAUAAGUGAAAAUGCAAGAAAAAAUGAUUUUUCUUUUGUAAUUAAUAAGUGAAAAUAAUAAAAAAAAAAUCAAUUUUAAGUAUGAAUAAUAUGAAAUGCUAAAAACAUAAAAAUCCCAAAAAAAGUGAGAAUCGUAUAGAUGAAAGAUUCAAAGAUGUGUGCGUGCAUUUGAAGUAAAUAUUAGUUGAGCAAGUAAGGGUAAAAACCACAUUUAGGCAAAGUUGAAAUUUUACCGCCCCUAACGCGUUUGAUUUUUAAAAAAAAAAUAAUAGAAAUUGUCGAAAGCUAAUUUUGUUUGUUUCGUUUAACUUUCUUUACUGGAGUUUUUCGUUCGUUGUUUUUUUUUCCAAAUUCCAUUCUCAUUGGAAUGAAGAUUUUGGGCAGUUCAGCAAACCACGAUUAGGCAAUUUCAGUUUCCAAAAUUGUCUACUUGCAUCUAAAGUCGUGCCGCUCCGAUUGAAGUCUUAUCAGUAGGAAUCAAUGAAUCACUUGAAGCUGCCGUUGCAAGUACGAAUUUUAAGCCGAAAAUGAAGAGAUUUUUUGUGUUUGAUGCUGUCGCAACGGCAAUAGUUUACGUAGAAAACAUCAUUGAAUUUGAAUAACGAUAGUCUGCCGAAGAACUCUGAUUAGGAUUUUACCGUAAGUAACAACUCUUUUUUCAUGUGCAACUCCUUUUGAACGUAGCAGGAAGUUUGCACUAGAAUCGCUGAAAAAAUCAAUACAACGGGUACAUAUUCGAUAAAGAAAAUCAAAAGUAAGACACAACCUUCAUUGUUAUUGUCAUUUCUGUUGUAAAACGAAUGAUUUGAGAAUAGAAAUUUCAAGUUAUUGAUAAUAAAUACUUAAUGCCAAGAUGACGUCAAAUCAAUACCGUCUAGUUUGCAUCAAGCGGUCCAAAUGCAUUGUUCUAUUCUCCGAAAUUAAAGUGACUCCUGUCCUAUUGUUGUUUAUGUUUAAGAUUAGCCUCUCCUCUCGCAAUAACAAACACCGCGAAGGCCAUAGAAUUCACGUUAAAUUCGUAAUCGCUUGAUCGUCCCGGAUACAUUGCCUCAGCCAGACCCAGGCAUCCGCGUGAAUCGAGGUUUUGAUGGUCUUUGGUCUCUGAAAAUCAGCCUGUGUUCAUUUUAUUACACACAAACAAUAGACGACUUCUUUGCCGGAAGAAUAUACACGUGAAACUUUACAAUUAUAUGAACCUUGCCUGAAGCAAUUUAUUAAGAAUGUAUGAUGAGAGUUGAAAAAUCAAACGUGUUUUUAUAAAUGGUUACAAAUAAAUUCUGUUUCCUCCCUAAUUGUGUACUGGCAGUAGUAGACGGUGAAUUGUAUGUCGACCAGUAAUAAGGGAAGUACGUAGGUUGGCAACUGUGUAUAUACAAAUGUGAACAAAAUGAAAAAUGGAAAUUAUAAAACGACUUUGAAUCAAUGAAUCCACACACGAAUGAGUUAUGGCAAGCACUAACCAAGAGUACGCGCGACGUUUUUAAUUUUCCACUUUUCGCUGAAAUGUAAAGUGUAAGCUGAUUUAGAACUUUUUUUUUUGAAUUUGUAUCGAAUUUGAAAGUGAAGAAUAUACAAACAAAAUUCUAAAAGAUAAAUUGGAAGGACAUGUAGCCAUUUUAUUAUUUCUCUUUUACCGUUUAAAUUUUACAUAUAUUUUUUUUUCUAUUUAUUUAAAGGCAGGAAAAAUAUUUGGAGUUUUUCUUGUAUAAAAUUAAAUUACUACACAACAUAAAA